GAAAGAAGCCGGACAUUAACCCAACCCACUGACAGGAUGAAGUGCUUUGUGGUCCUGCUGGUUUGCAUCUCCAUUGGGUGGGUCCAUUCUCGCAAAUUCGUUGACCAAGAUAAUAUUGCAAGAUUGGGAGAAGCCACACAGAGCUCAACAUUCAGACCCGAGUACAAUGCUGCCGCCGCUAUUGAUGGUAAUACUGACUCAAAUUUGAAGAUGGGCUCAUGUUCCCACACCGGUAAGGACAACCCGGCUUGGUGGCGGCUGGACCUGAAGAAGAGGUACAAGGUGGGGAGAGUGGUGAUAGUGAACAGAAAGGACUGCUGCAGCGAGCGCCUGUUGGGAGCCGAGGUCCGUGUUGGAGAUUCAGCCGAUAAUAACAACCCAGUAUGCGGCACCGUAACCAACGUCUCCAAAGAAACCAUCGUUGUGUCCUGUGAAGAGAGGGAGGGUCAGUAUGUCUCUGUGGUUAUUCCCGGGCGUGAAGAAACUCUCCAGCUCUGCGAAGUGAAGGUCUAUGAGCCCUCUGAUACAUCGGAAGAAAUACUUUUUGGUCGUUUUGGUCGUUAAAGAAGACUUUUGCUCAUUAACCUGAAUGAAUCUGCUGUGAAACAAUAAAUACAAAUGCUGGUUCA